GUCUUAUUAGUAUAGCUUUCCUCCCUGUCUGCCGCCCCGUUCUGUGACUUGAACACGAGCAAAACGGGCCCGCGUAUAGCUUCUAGGGUCGACCGCAUGGGCGACGACACUAGACUACUGCAACGGCUACUAGCAGUAUUGUCUAUUAUGCCGACGACACCAGUGAGUGAGUGCCGUUGCGGUGUGCCCCAUGAGUAGGUAUCGUAAUUCCGGAGGGGCCGUCUCGAAGUGGCCCAUUCUAGAAGUAGGGCAUUUUGCAAGACGACAUAUAUAAAGAGGCGGACGUUUCCAAGAUGUACAGUUCAGUCUUCACUGCCAUUUUUGACCAUUAGCUCUCGCACAGUCGCUUCAUCACUCAACUCUCUCAUCUUCACUCACCUCUUGGCUUGAGCUUUCCUUCGCCAUAAACCAAUCAGUACUCACUUCUCACAAUGCUUCCCCGCUCAAUCCUUACCAUCUUCGCCCUCGCAGUAGGCACUGCCGCGAGCGCCAUAACCCGUGCCAAUGUCACCUGCACCAACCCGGUCAUCCGCAAGGAAUGGCGAGAGCUUACCAACGCCGAAAAGGCUGAGUACAUCCGUGCCGCUGUGUGCCUGCGCGGGUUGCCUAAGGCGAAGUACGCCGACAUCGACGCCGUCACCACGCGUAUGGACGACUUGGUCUAUUCCCACUUUGCCCUUAAUACGCAAAUCCACUUCGUGGCCAACUUCCUCCCGUGGCACCGCUGGUAUGUGAAGCUGCACGAAGACCUGCUGCGUACCGAAUGCGGUUUCACCGGUAGCCAGCCGUACUGGGACUGGAGCAUUGACGCUGAUGCCAAGGACAUGCCCAACUCUCCUCUCUUUGACCCUGUCACCGGCUUUGGCGGCGACGGCAAGCGCACCGACAGUUAUGAGCCGGGCUUCCAGCGUUGCGUAGUCGAUGGCCCCUUUGCCAAUACGAACCUAACGCUGGCUAUGGGAUGGCCUGACAUGAACGAAUCUGGCAACCGCCUCCACUGCUUCACGCGCGAGUUCAACGGUGGCGAGGGAAACGAUGAAAAUGGCGACAUCAUUAUUGGCGAGAUGCAAGUAGGAGCGUACAACUCUGCAGUCAUGAACACCAUCUACGCUUUCGAUAAAUUUCCCGACAUGGUUAACAUGCUCGAGGGAUUGCCGCACGCACAGAUCCAUAGCGUCAUCUUUGGCGACAUGGGGCCCGCCACAUCGCCCAAUGAGCCUCUAUUUUUCCUGCAUCAUGCCAAUGUUGACCGUGCCUGGGCUAAGUGGCAGGGCCGUAACGCUACCCGCUUGGCUGACUACGCCGGCUUUCAAGACUCCGACAGAACCAUUCCAGCCUCGAUCACCGAUGCUAUGCCCAUCCUAGAGCUUGGCGAUACUGAACCUAUUGUUAAGGACUACAUGGAUAUCCAGGCAGGCCCUCUGUGCUAUACCUACUCGUCGAUGUAAAUGCUGUUAAAGGGCAUGGGCCUGUAGUACGUUUAACUUAGGGAGCCUUACGGGCAAGAUUUUCACCACCUUCACGACCAAUAUGCCACUUUUACUAUGUGUUCGCAAUCGUAACAUUGUUACUUUUGUGUUGCAGCGGCUAGCCAUUGAGUUAGAGGGCCUCGGCUGCCAUAUCCCUUUCACUGCUGAAAAUCUUAAUAAAUGGAGCUUAUAUACAAUAGAUAGAACUAGCAAUAGUAAUGGUUGCUAUAUAGGCACUGAGCUUAUUUCUACAGCUCCUGUCCGCUUCGCCAGCUAUUUUUACAUAGUUAUGUAACAUAUUUGAUAACUAUGAGACCGUAC